AUGACGGAGCCGCCGGGGAAAAAACCCAAAGUUGGUACCCGGGAGCUGACGACGUUGCGCUUGAGGGAUGCCGCCCUGUCCAUUGAUGCUGCAGGUGGAUCUCUGGCCUCCUUUCAGCUGGGCCAAAGACCCAAUCCGCUCUGCUGGGAUUCCGCCGUCCAUGACAACUUGGAUCCAACGGUGACGGCGCCUAGGCCCUUGGGGCAUUUUUUAUGCUUGGAUCGAUGGGGGCCGCCAUCUGAAGAGGAAGAACGCCAAGGGAUGCCAUACCACGGCGAGGCCACCAGCCGCCACUGGCAUUGGAGCAGCAGCGCCACCAGCGCUGCGCGGCUUAGGGCGCAGCUCCCCAUGGCGGGGCUGGAAGUGGAACGGAGCGUGGAACUGCUCACGUGCUCGGCGAGAGCCAGUUGGUCCUUCGAAACCAGGGCGGCACUUGCGAGAAUCCGAGAUGAGGUGAAGAACAUCAAUAAACUCGGCAGAAUUCUCAACAUGGUUCAACAUCCCAGCAUUGCACCUCCGUUUCUGACAGCGGAAACGCGAGUGGACUGCAACGGAAAGCGUGGAUUCACUCAGGCUUCCCGCGGCUGUUCCGACGUCUUGUGGGAUGCGCAGCGGGAGUUUCCCGUGGCCGUGACCGCAAACGGGGCGCAGGAUGCGCGCUGCAUGACUGGAGGAAACGACGAUGUCUUUAGCUACGAGGUGAAUCAGAGUGAUCCACAUGGCUGGGUCACUGCCUUUACUCCGAGUCAAGGCUUGCUCCUGGGCUACCUGUGGCCCCGGUGCCACUAUCCUUGGGUGUCCCUGUGGUGCAGCAGCACGGAUGGAGAACCCCGUGCGCGUGGCUUGGAGUUUGGCACCACGGGAUUACAUCAACCUUUUCCCAUUCUCACGCGACAUCCUCGCAUCUUUGGGCUGCCGACCUUUGAACACCUGGAUGCCAUGGAGACUUUCCAGAAGUCCUUUUGCUGUUUCUUGUUGGAAAUCCCCACGGACUUCUGCGGUGUGCAAGCCAUCACUGUGGCUACGGCAGGAACGGCAACGACCCUGCGGCUCUCAGAGAAAGGCUCCGAGCGGACGUUCGAGGCCCGAGCGAAGGAGGAAACGGGUGAUUUCACUCCUCACAGUUUCGAGAUCGUUUCGUUGACCUAUGAACACUCCCGUGGCCCACGGGCUCAGAGGGAGGAAGCUCCGGGGGGCCUGCCGUGGGGCGACCGAGGAGGUGGCAAGAUGGCGCCCUCACAAGUGGAGAAGGACUUGAAGUCGGCCCUGAUGUCCAAGGAGACCGAACGAUGGCUGGAUGCCGUGGCGAAGGCGGUGAAGGAAGGCUGGGAUGGCUUUCAAAUUCAGCAGGCCGUCGCAGAGGUGGUGACGGAAGAUCCCGUGGGCACGGCACGCUUCAUGGAGACGACCCACCGGCCGACGCAGGCCAUGGCGGUGAUUGGGAUGGACGAUGAAGCCGAGGAGUGGGAACAUGCUGUUCACUACCACGACAAGAUGAUAACCGGUGCAUUCAGUGCGAUGUGGAGUAUCUACCCGCGGAUCCCACAGGAAGAUCCUUGGGCGGACAACGUGCCCAAAGUGGACUGUGAAAUCGUUUGCCCCGGUCAGGGGAUUGUGAUGACCUCCACUGGGUUGGCCUUGCGGGGUGAACCUGUGGGCAUGUGA